GUCAUCUUCUAAGAAUGUGUUCUAAUCGUGAGUCUCGCGACGACGAAAAGACGAACAGGGAAGUCUCGAAGGUUGAAGCUGAGAGCCAUGGCUCGUGGACACCAGAAAAUUCAGUCCCAGCAGAAGAACGCCAAGAAGGCUGCAGAGAAAAAGAAAUCUCAGGGUGCUGACCAGAAGACGGCAGCGAAGGCCGCACUGGUCCACACCUGCCCUGUCUGCAGGACACAGAUGCCCGACCCCAAAACCUUCAAGCAGCACUUUGAAAGCAAACACCCAAAGUCUCCAAUGCCUCCCGAGCUGGUAGACGUUCAGGCGUAAAUGACUGCUGACCUGAAAUGAGAUACACACUGACCAUGGACUAAACGUUGAAACAUGGCACCUGAAGGAUGUUGACAACGAACACUGGGAUCCGUCAGUAUUAAAGGACAGUGGGUUGGGGUGUGUAUGUGUUUGUAUGUAUAUGUGAGAGAGGAAGCAACUUUUAAGGGACAGAAGUACACCAGCGCCCUGUUUUCAUAUUUAUUGUGUAAAAAUACUUUGGUCUUUCUGAGGGUGUAAGUAUGGAAUCAGCUAACAGUUAAAAUAAAAAACUAUUAUGCCAUAAAGUGUCAAUAAAUAUGAAAAGGCUUCCUAAAGAAGAAAUAAAACGAUGAUUUCGAAUGUAUGGUGGAAGUUGGCUGUACUUUGAUCAUGGCAUCAGAGUGAUGGAUGUGGGUUCAAGGCCCUGACUCUAAACUCCGUCAGGGGCUGAAGGGUUCAAAAACUGUGACUUUAGUCACCUUUUUUCUUUUUGCUUAACUAGAUGGCAGGAUUGCGAAUUUACGUUAGCUGGAAAUCACCAUGGUAACCACCCUGAGGGACAAACAUGCAUACAUAAACACAGGUGUGAAUGCCACAUAAAUGUUUGGAAAGAAUUCAAAACAUACAUAUUCAGGUGUGUUAUUGCUCAGUGGUAAAUGACAAAAACUCAGACUUCUUCAGUUUAACUGCGUGCAAAUGGUGCCAAAAAAAGCAAGGAAUGAAAAAUGGCAAAUACUCAGAUUUGAGGAGCUGCAACCAAAGUGUAGUUCUGGUUUAUACAAUUAUUUCCUUAAUUUUAUAGGAACUAGUCGAUCAUUUCCACUCUCGUCUGGUGAUUCUCAGACAGACUUUCGACUGGAUCAAGCAGCAACACUCAGAACUUGCAUUUUGACCCCAACCAAGAAGUGCAGUUCCUUAACUGGCUGCUUGAGGCUGGCUCCAAAAAGAGCUCAUUCCCAUAGAAGCCCAUUUUAAAACAUCUCACUUUCAGAGCAGAAAUAAACAUGUUUAUAGUCUGGUACAAAAAAAUGGUUUUGGUCUCUGUAGAUGGUUUCCUCUUCCAUGACAACUGUAUGGGGUGAAAUUUUUUUUGUAGUCUUUGAACAAAAUGGAGCCACUCACUUUUGUGUCUGUUUGGGGGGGGGUUAUUCCAAACACCUGGAAUAAUAUAUAGUUUGUUGUGUGGUGAAACGCUCUGACGGAUCAUCUAAGACUGCUCCACAGGUGUCAACUGUCAGUAACCCUUGAAAUCAGUACCUCAUUGUGUUGAACCACAUGGUUGACAGGCGUUAGCAAUAAUCAUUGACACACAUUGCUCACGGUUAUGGCUUCUUUCUUUGACAAAAAUAAGUUUAAAAAA